AAGAUUAACAUAAAACAAAACUGAGGGGAAUGGGCCAUUCGUUAAAAAAAUUAAGUGUGAGAAAGUUUUCCACAUUCUACUCACAUAAUAUUCAAAUGCAAAAAGGUUGGGAAGCACGAAUUGCUCGCAUCCCUACCUGUAUUACGUUCUAAAAUUAGAUACGGUCAAAUAUUUUGGACAUUGAUUGCAUUUGAAGGCGGCAAGCGCCAUAAGAUAAAAUUUGCCGAAGUAUCUGGUGUUCUACCAAUGGCUACUGCCGGUCUGAUGAACAGCUGGGUUACCAUCCUUUUGCUGAUUCUCCUCCCACUCUUUUCCCACUUCCCUUGUGGCACAGAAGCCUAUUACGCCGACUUCCCGUCGGCCAAUCUCUCGGUUUCCUGGAAAAACACCCCCUUCAAUGAACAAGGAAGUUUGGAUUUUGCCGACGGCUCCACCUUGAGGCCAAUCCUCCUUGUGUACAACGUAACCCAGUCUUAUCCACCAUUCGGUCUUGGGUUUUUCACAAACAAAACGUCGAUUUCUUUUUCAAUGCCCACUUCAGUUUUCUAUCUAGUUGUCUUCAUGAUGACAAGAGUAACUGUAAGUGAUAACAACUCCAAUCGUGAGUACCAGUUUAUUCCAACUAUGCCGCCCAAAGUCCUGUGGUCUGCAAAUAGAGACAGUCCGGUGGGAGAGAAUGCGACUCUUGAUUUCACAGCUGAAGGAGAUUUGGUUUUGAGAGAUGAAUUUGGUAAUCUUGUUUGGUCAACCAAUACCAGUACCAAGUAUGUUGCUCGGAUGGAGAUAGGUGUGACCGGAAACUUAAUGCUUCUGAACGGUAGCAACGGCAUGGUAUGGCAGUCAUAUGAUCACCCGACAGACACAUGGCUCCCCAACCAGAAGAUCAACAAUGGCCAAAGGCUAACGGCUAGUAAUUCAUCUUCAAAUUUAUCAACAGGUAUAUACUAUUUGACUGUUGAUAAAGAGGAUUACAUUGGAAUUCGGGCUUUUGUUGAUUCAGAUCCCCCGGAAGAAUAUGCAACUUUACUUGAUAGAAGCUUUCAUGCGUUAGGUGGUCCUGCUUUCGGGAACGCAUAUAAUGCAAUCCGAUUGCAUACCGACUUUGCAGUUUUCUAUUUCAAUUUCACAGCAUCACCAACUGAUUUUCGGUUUAUCGUCCUGGAACCAAAUGGCCAUAUAAUUUUAUACUUCGUGGAUACCUCUUUCCCUUACACUUUUGCAGUCACACAACGUAGUGACUUACUGGCAGCCAUCAUUGAUUCUUUCGGAGACUGCAGCUACCCAGCAGUUUGUGGGUCUUAUGGGGUUUGCUCUGGGGGUGGACUGUGCGCUUGUCCACAAGACAACACCGGAACUUCAAACUACUUUUGGCCGUUUGAACAAGGUAUUGGAUGUGCAGAAAUCACUCCUCUUUCUUGUGAUCAUGGUUCAAAGUACCAUACAUUCGUGGAUCUCCCAAAUGUCACCUACUUUGAUUUUGUGCCCACACUUUUCGCUACCACCAUAGAUGAAUGCAAAGAGGCAUGUUUGAACAAUUGCUCUUGCAAAGCUGCCUUGUUUCGGUAUGAUUCAGAUGUCUCAUCAGGUAAUUGUUCUUUGCAAUCAGAUGAGCUUUAUUCUUUCAUGACCUCCAGUGAAAUUUUUAGUUCCUAUGCAUCUAUCAAGGUUCAGAAAGUGCCCAGCCGAAAUAAACUUGUAUCUUUGUCACCGGUAUUGGUACCUCCUCUUGUUGGUGGCCUACUAGUUGUUACUUUUAUAGGUGGAAUGUGCUACUGUUACAGAAAGCUAAAGCACACAGAUAAUGCUGGGGAAGAAAGUGAUGAUCAAGUUACACAAUCAUUGACUAAGUUCUCUCUUGAAGAGUUGAAGUAUUGCACGCAGAAUUUCCAGACCAAGCUUGGCGAAGGAGGGUUUGGGGCUGUGUUUGAAGGGGUCUUACAUGAUGGUAUCAAAGUUGCAGUGAAACAAUUGGAUUCAAUAGUCCAAGGAAGAAAAGAAUUUUUGGCAGAGGUUAACACAAUAGGAAAAGUUGAACAUUGCCAUUUGGUGAGGCUGAUAGGGUACUGCGCUGAGAAAUCAAAUAGGCUUCUGGUGUAUGAGCACAUGUUCAAUGGAUCAUUAGAUAAAUGGAUAUUCAACCGAGACAAAGAACGAACUCUUGACUGGAAAACUCGGCAGAAGAUCAUUUAUGGUGUGGCCAAGGGACUUCAAUACCUCCAUGAGGAGUGUCAUAAGAAUAUAAUUCACUUUGAUAUCAAACCUCAAAAUAUCCUUCUUGAUAGAGAUUUCAACGCCAAGAUUUCUGAUUUCGGCUUAGCAAGAUUGAUUGAUGGGACCCAUAGCCUAGUGUUGACGUCGUUGAAGGGAACAAUAGGGUAUCUAGCUCCUGAAAUGUAUAGGGGUUCACAUAUCUCAGUUAAAGCUGAUAUCUAUAGCUUUGGGGUUGUCAUCGUGGAAACUAUCUGUGGGAGGAAGAAUUUAGGCAAAUCUGAUCAAGAAUCUAUGCCUUUGGUUGAGAUUGUGCAAAUGAAGACCAGAGAGGAUCAACUAUACGAUCUCAUCGAUGAUCAAGACGACGAUAUCUGGCAGCAUAAAGAAGAAGUGAUAAAGAUGAUGAAGAUUGGAAUAUGGUGUCUGCAAACCCAUGAUAGAAGGCCCUGUAUGUCCACGGUCGUGAAGGUUUUGGAGGGUUCUGAAGGUAUAGAUCUAAUCACUGACCAUAACAGGUGAUUCUAAUAUUUCAUUUCCACCGGAGGCUUCGCUUCUGCAAGGAUUCAGAUGACGAGUUCAUGCAAGCAUAUGAAGUUUUAGCGUU